UAUAUAUUAGAAUAUAUAUAUAAUAGAAUAGAUAAAUAUAUAAUAGAAUUAAUAUUCUAACAUCUAAUAUAAAUUAUAUAUUAUAAGCUCAAUAAUAAGAAAUAAUAAAUUCACCCUUGACAGUAAUAUAUGUUGUAUAUGUAAAUCCUAGAUGUGAAAACAGGCGUAAUUCGGCCCUGAAAUGAAAAAAAGGGGAAUAUAGAUGGAAAAAGGGGGGAGAGGUUGGACGUAAAGUAAAAAAAAAAUCGAUAUGCUAAAAUAAAAUACGAAAUGAAAUUGAAACAAGGCUAAUGAGAUAGAAAUAAGGAAUCAUAAAUAGAGUUCGGGUUCGAAUUCCAUAGAUAAUAUGGAUGGUGUUGCCUAUAAUGAUGGACAAAUGAAAGACUCUCCCAAAAUUUUUAUUUAUCCACUUCCUAUUUUCAAAAUAGGUUGGUUGAACUUAAAAAUUCCUUCAUUGAAUAAGGAAACAAUCCAAUUGCAUGCACUUGAAUUGAUGGGACCAACGAAAUCGAGCGCUAACCCCCAUUUCUUAUUGAAUUAACCGAUCAACCUCCUGUCGAAGAUUUUUUUUGUAUUAGAUAAUUUUGGAAAAAAAAAAUUGACAUAUUUCACUUUAUUAUGAAAAUAAAUCCUACUACUUCUGUUCCUGGAGUUUCCACGCUUGAAAAAGAAAAUCUGGGGCGUAUUUCUCAAAUCAUCGGUCCAGUACUGGAUGUAGCCUUUCCCCCGGGCAAGAUGCCUAAUAUUUACAACGCCCUAGUAGUUAAGGGUCGAGAUACCGCCGGUCAACAAAUUAAUGUAACUUGUGAGGUACAGCAAUUAUUAGGAAAUAAUCGAGUUAGAGCUGUAGCUAUGAGCGCUACAGAUGGUCUAACGAGAGGAAUGGAAGUGAUUGACACGGGAGCUGCUCUAAGUGUUCCAGUCGGCGGAGCGACCCUAGGACGAAUUUUUAACGUGCUUGGGGAGCCCGUUGAUAAUUUAGGUCCUGUAGAUACUCGCACAACAUCCCCUAUUCAUAAAUCCGCGCCCGCUUUCAUACAAUUAGAUACAAAAUUAUCUAUUUUUGAAACAGGAAUUAAAGUAGUCGAUCUUUUAGCUCCUUAUCGUCGUGGAGGAAAAAUCGGACUAUUUGGGGGGGCUGGGGUAGGUAAAACAGUACUCAUUAUGGAAUUGAUCAACAACAUUGCCAAAGCUCAUGGGGGCGUAUCCGUAUUUGGCGGAGUAGGUGAACGGACUCGUGAAGGAAAUGAUCUUUACAUGGAAAUGAAAGAAUCUGGAGUAAUUAAUGAACAAAAUCUUGCGGAAUCAAAAGUGGCUUUAGUCUACGGUCAGAUGAAUGAACCGCCAGGAGCUCGUAUGAGAGUUGGAUUGACUGCCCUAACUAUGGCGGAAUAUUUCCGAGAUGUUAAUGAACAAGACGUACUUCUAUUUAUAGACAAUAUCUUCCGUUUUGUCCAAGCGGGAUCCGAAGUAUCUGCCUUAUUGGGUAGAAUGCCUUCCGCUGUGGGUUAUCAACCCACCCUUAGUACCGAAAUGGGUACUUUACAAGAAAGAAUUACUUCUACCAAGGAGGGAUCCAUAACUUCUAUUCAAGCAGUUUAUGUACCUGCGGAUGAUUUGACCGACCCUGCCCCUGCCACAACAUUUGCGCAUUUAGAUGCUACUACCGUACUAUCAAGAGGAUUAGCUGCCAAAGGUAUUUAUCCAGCGGUAGAUCCUUUAGACUCAACGUCCACUAUGCUCCAACCUCGAAUCGUUGGUGAGGAACAUUAUGAAACUGCGCAAAGGGUUAAGCAAACCUUACAGCGUUACAAAGAACUUCAGGACAUUAUAGCUAUCCUUGGGUUGGACGAAUUGUCCGAAGAGGAUCGCUUAACCGUAGCAAGAGCGCGAAAAAUUGAGCGUUUCUUAUCACAACCCUUUUUCGUAGCGGAAGUAUUUACCGGUUCCCCGGGGAAAUAUGUUGGUCUAGCAGAAACAAUUAGAGGAUUUAAAUUGAUCCUUUCCGGAGAAUUAGACGGUCUUCCUGAACAGGCCUUUUAUUUGGUAGGUAACAUCGACGAAGCUACUGCGAAGGCUACGAACUUAGAAAUGGAGAAAGUGAAAGAAAUCAUUUUAUCUACUAAUAGCGGACAAAUUGGCGUAUUACCAAAUCACGCGCCUAUUGCCACAGCUGUAGAUAUAGGUAUUUUGAGAAUACGCCUUAACGACCAAUGGUUAACGAUGGCUCUGAUGGGUGGUUUUGCUAGAAUAGGCAACAAUGAAAUCACUAUUUUAGUAAAUGAUGCGGAGAAGGGUAGUGACAUUGAUCCACAAGAAGCUCAGCAAGCUCUUGAAAUAGCGGAAGCUAACUUGAGGAAAGCUGAAGGCAAGAGGCAAACAAUUGAGGCAAAUCUAGCUCUCAGACGGGCUAGGACACGAGUCGAGGCUAUCAACGCGAUUUCGUAACGAGUUGGUUAAUCGAAAAAAUUUCCGUAGAAACAGAACUUUCGUUUCUACAUCCCAUUUUGAUUCUGCCGAUUAAAUAGAAUCAAAUACAAUCAAAUACAAUGAAAAGUGAAAUCAGAUUUUGAUCUAACGAAAAAUUUGAAAAUUGAAAACGGAAAUAGAAUAGGAUGAAAAAGAUAGAAAAUCAAUAAAAGAAGGUGGGUAGAAAAACUUAUUAGACACCGGGAUCGAUGGUAUCUAAUAAGUUCUACCUACUAUUGGAUUUGAACCAAUGACUCCCGCCGUAUGAAAGCAAUACUCUAACCGCUGAGUUAAGUAGGUCAUUUAUUAUCAUAAGGAAUCAUAAAGAGAAAGAAAAGGGACCUAUUACAUCGAUGGAUUAUAAAUCCAAUAUUACUUCUAAGCAAUACCAAUCAAACAGACCAAAAGGGUAUGAUUAUGAUGUUGGAUCAUGUAAUAUUCAUCUUGACAAGAAAUUAUCUACAUAAUAUGAUAAAAUAUGUAUCACAAACACAAGGGCUAUAGCUCAGUUGGUAGAGCACCUCGUUUACACGUGCGCCAAUGUUUUCAGGGAAGUCUAUCAUGCAAUCAAAAGAAUUGAUCUUUUGAGAAAUCGAUGUCUUACUCCAUUACUUUGAAGGAACAAAACAAGAGAACAAUAGCCUGAUUAAUGGUUCGGUCCGAUUCGGGUGCCGUUUAGGCAAGAUCCGAAUCGAACCCAUCAUUGAUUUGAGAUAUUGAUAGGGUGAAUACCCGGUCUAUUCAAUGCUAGGCAUAAUGAGUAUAAGGACCUCAAAAAUGCUCUUUUCGUCCUAUGAAUCUUAAGGUGUAUGAAGUUUCAUGUUUGAUUUUUAAUCAGGAUGGUAGAGACUCCAUUUAACUUAGAUUGAUCUAGGCCAGAAGCAGACCUACGUCAAGAUAACCCUUCCCCUCUUUGAAACACUU